AUGUCGUCAAGCAGACCCAACCAGCAGCCGGAGAAGCUGAUCGACUUCGCCAAGAUCGACCGUGAUCUGGCUCAAUCGGCCGACCAGGCGUCCCGGUCGGCGGCGGCCGCGGCGCAGCAUGCCCUCACGGCCUCGGAGUUCGCCCGGCGCUCGGUCAUUGAUGCCAGCGACCCGGCCAGUCGCGAGGUGUCGCGCUCGGCUCAGCAGGCGGCCAAUGCCGCGCGCAAUGCCGCCGAAGCGGCCGCCAUCAAUGCCAAGAACGCCCAGCAGGUGGCCAUGAGCGCCUCGCCACCGGGCUCCCCCCGGUCGCCGACCGCCUCUUCCGGCCCCUUCGGUCUGGGAAAUAUCCUGGAGAAGGCCAAGCACGCGUUCUUCGGUGACCCGGAUGCCGCCCAAAUGGCCGAUACCUACUCUGCUUCGGGCGCCUCUCCCCGCGGAAGCACCGGCGGCCAGUCGCAGUACAACUUCCACCAGAGCGAGACCUCGCUCGUGGACCAGUGGCCACGUCCCGGCAUCGAGGGGCUGAUGCAGCGCCAGGGCCAGAUUGCUCGGGAGAACAGCCAGCUGGCUGGUUCCCCGCCGGAGGCCUACGUCAACCUGUCAGACACCAAUGCCUUCAUGGAGUCACUGCGGGCUCGCCGUCAGGCGGUGCAGCAGGUGGCCCAGGAUGCCCUGGCGGCCCCCCGGUCGCAGGUCUGGGCCGAUAAUGCCGAUCGUCUAGUGCAUGAGGCUAUCAGUGACUCGCAGCGCGCGGCCUCCGGCGGCAAGAUGGCCGCCAUCGGUGCCGACGUGUCGAACUCCAUCCAGCAGAAGGCCGGUCGGAUGGCCGGAGCCGUGGCCCAGGCCACCGGCGCCCAGGCCACCCCGCCCCCGAUCGGCAGCGGGAUCAACACCACCACGGUGUCUGGUCGCCUGCCGGGAGGUGCCUACACCUACACCUCUUCGGCCACCCCGGGCUGGACUUCGGAGAACUACAGGGCCUACCAGCAGAGCAGCGGUGCCCUGCCGGUGGGCGAUGCCUUCUUCAACCGGGCGGUCCCCGGGCCGAUGGUCUCCCCGCGUGGUGGUUCCACCGCCGGGAGCAGCUUCUUCCCGGCUAGCCUGAAUCAGCCGGGUGUGCCGCUCAUGCGCCAGAACCAGCAGAUCGACUACCGGGCCAAGACCAUGGGCCAGCGCUACUCGGAGGUGGAGCACUCGGCGGCCGGUGGCAAGUCCACCGUGCUGGACGAGUCCUCCACCCUUGGUACCGCUUAG